UUUCUUCAUGUUCUUGGUAGCUAGACUAUCUCUUCCGCAACACGUACCUUCUUAAGUUAUCUUGUGACUAUAGCUUUGCUGGAAGAGAUCCCAAUCCCACCCUUGUACAGUACAGUCGAGAUGUUCACACUACCAUUGCUGGUUGUUACUCUGUUCCUGCAGGUCAAAUUCCCGGUGGUGCCCGGGUUAAAGGCUGCCCUCUACGGGGCUCUGGUUCUGAGUGCGCUGCAUGCAAUCUUCGUGCCCCUCAAAGGCCAAGGAGACUUUGUGACAUACACCAAUGCCUUCCUGAGCGUGUCGUUCAUCAUCCGCGCCGUGGAGCUGCUGAUCCUGCAGGAGCUCGACGACCUGCAGCAUCUGGAAAAGGUCUCGCAUGUGUCCUCGUCCAUUCUGUACUCCUGGGAGCCGCUGCCGAGAGCCCUGGGCUUCCGACGGUUCCUGCGCGUCUGCGAUCUGAUUGCCAACCCGCGCGCCAUCGGCUGGAAUCACGGCUCCACCAAGUAUCUGCCGCCGCUGCGGCCAGUCGAGGGCGAGGCCGGCGGUGAUCACUGUGCGCCGGAGCAUCGAAACAUGGUCGUCGUGGCCGUCGGAGACCGCAGCAGCUUCCUUCGCACGCAUCUCGGCACCGUCGUCCUCGCGUACCUGACCAUGGACACCUACCAGGCCGCGUUCGCGCGCAACUACCCUCUGCUGUGCAACAGCGUCGACCGCUUCCUGAACGGCGUGCUGGGCUGGCAGGUCUCCCCCACGACCAGCGAGAUGGUGGUGCGGAGGUACCUGCUGUCGCCCGGCUGCUGGAUCGCCGCGUAUGCCUUCGUCGAUGGCAUCCAUUCUGCCGCGGGUGUCAUUUCCGUGGGCUUGGUCAGGCUCUUCACCUCCAAGCAUGCGGGAGAGCCUUGGAUGUAUCCCCCGGUUUUUGGGUCCGUCCGGCAUCUGCUCGCGUUCAAUUUACGUGACAUCUGGGGCAAAAUGUGGCAUGAUCUGUGCCGCAACCCCUUUUUGGCGCUUUCCCGCGCGGCCAUCGUUCCGGUCAAACCGAUCCCAGUGGGCCUGCAGCGCUUCCUGGUGAUCUCAUGCACGUUCUUUGUGUCCGGCGUGGUGCAUGUGGCCGGAACGUAUGCGGUGUCCCAGGACAUCUUUGCAGUCAGCAUGAUGAUGACCUUCUUCUGCAUCUUGCCGCUCUGCAUUGCCGCGCAACACCUCCUCUCCGAUCGCUUUCUCCCGCUGUUUCUCCCUCAGAGUGUCUUCUCCCGGUUGGCGAUCUGGCUGGUGAAUAUGGCCUUCGUCAUGGGAUGGGCCCACAUCACCAGUCCGUGGUUUCUCGAUCAUAGCAAACUGCCCGAGGCUAUCGGAUCGGUGCCGCUGCCGGUCAGUGUGUGGAAGUUGGCGGCCGAUGUUUAGAACCCUACUACCUCAGGAAGCCACACAGGAUAAGAUUUUUGCAGUUGACUUACACGCGCAGCGGACGCUCCUCGAUAUUUGGGGACCGGUGUUAGAUCAAUAAAGAUAUUGCAUCCCCACUAUGGAGUCUUGUAUCUAGCCACCUUGUGUAUGAUGUUUGUGGUUGUUACCAGAGCCGUCCAACAUGGCCUUCCCACA